AUGGGAGAAGAAUCCAGCUCGGAGACUAGUCCUCGAGAACACUCUAAAGAUCAGAGUGUGACUGAAAACGGAACGGUCGAGAAGAAGUUGCCGGAAGUUCCCCAGGAAGAGCAGGAGGCGAAUGGCAGUGGUGUGUUACUGACUAACGGCACAAUUGCAUCUGUACCUGAAACUUCUGGGCCGCAGGUGUCUGAAAUUGACGACAUCAACGAGGACGUGCCACCCACCACAGCCGACAUAAGUAUUGUUGUUGAACAGCAAGUAGAUGAGCCGGAGCUUGAAUCUGAGAUCGAGCUCGAAUCUGACGGUGAACCAGUACCUCAAACUGUAAUCAUAAGCGAGCCAGAGGGGCCAGAGGGUGCACCUGCAGGUGGACCUGAAGCUGAUGUAAUUGAGCCACCUGUAGCUGAAGCAUCUAUUCGUCCUGUGCCAUCUGCCAUCAAAAACAGUCACUUCUUGACUGGAGCAUUCACAUCGCUCCUUGAAUCUAAGGACCUUAAAAAAAACCAAGAAGUGAAAAAUUCCAUUCAGAAGUCCUUAGAUUCGUUAAAGAACCCAGACUCCAGAACAGCUCACAUCAUAUUUGACACGUUGAAGUUAACUUGCGAGACUUCUUCCAAUACAUUGAAAUUUAAGUCUGUCGAUAUAUUUGCCAAAGUAUUCGACUAUGGAAUAUUCGAAGGGCAAGAUGAUGUAGUGCAACUCACUGAUGCAUCCGUGGAUGUGAUAUCCUCUUGCUUUGAAGGAGAGGGAACUGAUGCCUUAGUGGAGACUCAAGUCUUGCGAGCAUUAACCAACAUAAUCUUGCUCAUGCCCUGCCACGGUGCUUCAUUAUUAAAGGCUGUUAGGCAGAUCUACAAUAUUUUUAUAUUUUCGUUGUCAUCAGACAAUCAGUUGAUUGCCCAGGGUACUUUAAAUCAAGUUAUAAAUUCCAUUUUCAGCCGAAUUAAUGAUAAAUCUUUGAAGAAAAAUGGUCAUCUCAGUGUCUCCACCGCUAGUACAGCUGUUCCAGAAUCAAGUUUUAACAAAGAACCUGAAUCUGAAUCAAGUAGCGUUCCUUUGACUUUGGAAAAGUUAAAUGACUCCUCUAAUGAUGACGAUAGGGUUAAGGAGGCAAAUUUGGCUUCCGAAAAUGACGAAGAUCUUGUGGUGAAAGACGCAUUUUUAAUAUUCAGAGCCAUGUGCAAAAUUUCAGUAAAACCAUUAGAAUCAGAAAUUUUGGAUAUGAGAUCACAUUCCGUGCGUUCUAAAUUAUUAUCUUUACAUAUAAUUCAUACCAUUUUGAAAGACCACAUUGAAAUAUUCUUGAGUCAAAAUGUCGUUAUACUUUCGUCUGCAUCCAACGAAAAUAAUACUAGAUUAAUUAACGCAGUCCGCCAAUAUUUAUGUUUAUCACUUUCAAGAAAUGCAGCAUCUCCGUUGGCCCCUGUCUUCGAAUUGUCUUUAGAGAUAUUUUGGUUGAUAAUUUCUAAUUUAAGAUCUGAUUUCAAAAGAGAAAUACCAGUAUUCUGGGAUGAAAUUUACUUACCAGUGGCAGAAAUGAAGACUUCAACUCCUCACCAGAAGCGUUAUUUAUUAUCAAUAAUUGAAAAGUUGUGUAAUGACUCAAGAUGUAUCAUUGAAUUUUAUCUUAACUAUGAUUGUGAUUCAUCUAUGCCAAAUAUCUGUGAGAAAAUCAUAGACUACUUAUCAAAACUUAGUUUAGUAAGAGUAGAAGUGAGUCCACAACAGAAAAUUGCUUAUAGGGAGUACAAGAAACAUGGUAUUUCAGUGUACGACAUCAGUAAGACUGCCAAUUUAGCAAGUGGCAAGAUGAGUUCUAAACCACCUGAACCUGAUAUUUAUAAUCAUUUCCCUCUUGAAUAUGCUAUGAAAAUGGAAUCGAUAGGAUGCUCGGUAGGGUUCUUAAAGUCUUUAUAUUCCUGGGCUCAAAAGCAAAAUACGCCAAAUCAUCUCAAUGCCGCCUUUAAUGGAUCUGGAAGCGGUAGUCAUUUAUCGCUAAGAGAACGUUCAGGUACUGUGGAUUCCACAACCAAUAAUACUACCGCAACGUCCACUCCAACAAGAUCUGGAUCUUUUGUAGCAAUUGACCCUGACAACCCUGAACAAUUUGAAAACUUGAAGCAACGUAAGAAGGCCUUCCUUGAUGGCGUAAGGCAAUUUAACCAAAAACCCUCAAAGGGGAUGAAGUUCUUCAUUGAACAUGGAUUCGUUAAAGAUGACGAACCUAAAACCAUCGCGACAUUUCUUCUUGAUAACGAUUCUUUGGAUAAGGCAUCUUUGGGCGAAUACUUGGGUGAGGGCCAUGAAAAAAAUAUCGCAAUUAUGCAUGCAUUUGUUGAUGAAAUGGAAUUUAGAAAUUUACCGUUUGUUGAUGCUAUGAGGAAAUUCUUACAAUCAUUUAGGCUCCCAGGUGAAGCUCAAAAAAUAGAUAGAUUUAUGUUGAAGUUUGCUGAACGUUAUGUUUUGGGAAACCCAACUAAAUUCUCAAAUGCAGAUGCUGCAUAUAUUUUGGCAUACUCAGUGAUCUUACUUAACACAGAUCAACAUUCUCGUCAAGUAAAGAAUAAAAUGACUUUUGAUAACUUUGUUAUGAAUAACGGAGGGAUCGAUGAUGGAAAGGAUUUACCAAGAGAAUUUUUGCGGGAAAUAUUCGAUGAAAUCCAGAAGAAUGAAAUCAAAUUACAAUCAGAACAACAUGCAGCAUUGCUAGCAGGAGACUCUAGUAUACAGAAUAACGGAAAUGGUGGAGGAGGAUUUUUCGGAGGUCGUGAUUUGAAUAGGGAAGCUUAUAUUCAUGCGUCCAGAGAAAUGUCUACCAAAACCGAACAGUUAGUUAAAAACUUAGGAAAGAAGGGCAAAUUUUACAACAAUAGUACCAAUGGAAGUUCAACUGGACUCGAAUUGGAUGAAAGUUCAACAUUUUAUGUUGCAUCUCAUGUGUAUCAUGUAAAAUCAAUAUUCGAUACGUUAUGGAUGUCUAUUUUGGCAGGAUUGACUCCACCUUUCAAGGAGUAUGAUGACGAAGAUACAUGUCAGUUGUGCUUGGAAGGUAUUAAAUUGUCUAUAAGAAUAGCUUGUAUGUUUGAAUUAGACUAUGCUAGAACGUCGUUUAUUGGAGCACUUGUGCAAUUUGCAAACUUAAAUAAUUAUGAAGAAAUGAAACCCAAAAAUGUUGAUGCCAUAUUUAUCUUAUUGGAAUUAGCUACUUUAGAAGGAGACAAUCUUCAAGCUUCAUGGAUUCAAAUCUUGACAUCAAUCAGUCAGUUGGAAAGAUUGCAAUUAAUUGCUCAGGGGGUCGACCAAUACUCGAUUCCCGAUGUUUCUGUUGCAAAAAUGACCAACAGAGCUUCAACAGACGCUUCUAAUGGAAGUAGAAACUCGACUAGUUUUUUCAGCUCUUUUACCGCUGCAACUCCAACUGCUUCGCAAACUGCGUCUAAUAAAUUUCAUAAUCAACAUUUGUCUGCUGCUGUGGCCAAUUUGUUAACUCAAACAAACUUAGAAGUUGCUAUGGACAAAGUAUUUACGAAUAGUGCCAAUUUAUCAAGGGAAAGUAUUGUUGAAUUUGUCAAAGCCUUAUCACAAGUUUCUUCUGAGGAAAUAGAAAGUUCGGGGCAACUGAAUAAUCCAAGAAUGUUUUCCUUGCAGAAAUUUGUAGAUGUGUGUUAUUACAACAUGAGCCGUAUUAGAUUGGAAUGGUCUCAAUUAUGGUCAAUUAUGGGUGAAACUUUCAAUGCUGUUGGCUGUCAUUCCAAUUCAGUUAUUGCAUUUUUCGCUUUAGACUCCUUAAGGCAAUUAUCAAUGAGAUUUUUUGAGAUUGAUGAAUUAUCACAUUUCAAGUUCCAAAAGGAGUUCUUGAAACCAUUUGAAUAUAUUAUGAUCCAUAAUGAAUCUUUAGAAGUUAAAGACAUGGUGUUGGAAUGUAUUAACAACAUGGUGUUAGCAAAGGCUCAUUCCAUUAGAUCGGGUUGGAAAACUAUAUUUUUGGUUUUAACUGCAUCAGCAACCGAAAACAAGGAACUGUUAGUCAAUAAGAGCUACAAAAUGGCAAACUGGAUAAACAAGGAAUUCCUGGAUACUGUCAAACAACAAGAAUCAUUCAGUGAUUUGGUGAAAUGUUUUACCGAGUUAGCUAAAAAUGACAGAUUUCAAAAGAUUAGUUUGCUUUCCUUAGAAGUCUUGCUGAAGUUGAUGAAUAGUGAGGGUAAGAAGCACGUUGGAUCAAGUGAAAAUGGUAGUGGAGUCCCUGAAGAAGUAUUAAACAAAGUGUGGUUUCCUAUUUUAUUCGCAUUCCAUGAUAUUAUCAUGACCGGUGAAGAAUUAGAAGUGAGAUCAAGAGCUUUGAAUCAUUUGUUCAAAAUCUUGAUGGAAUAUGGUGACCAUUUCGAAUUCAAAUUUUGGCAGCAAAUAUGUCAUAAGUUACUUUUCCCAAUAUUUGCUGUAUUAAGUAAUCAUUGGGAAUUGAGUAAUGUUGAUAGCGAUAACGACAAGCUUUCAGUUUGGUUAUCGACUACUUUAAUUCAAGCCUUGAGAAAUAUGAUUACUUUAUUAACUCAUUACUUUGAGCCUCUAAGUCCAAUGUUGGAAGAUUACUUAACAUUACUUAUCUCAUGUAUUUGCCAAGAAAAUGAUACAAUUGCAAGAAUCGGAAGAUCGUGUUUACAUUCAUUAUUAAUCGACAAUUGUGGCAAAUUUAAUAAUGAACAAUGGGGUCAGAUAACCAAUUCUUUCGUGAACUUGUUUGAUUUGACCACUGCCAAAGAAUUAUUUACUUCUGAUCCAAACUACGGAGGAGGCUCUCCAGACGAAAACUUACCUGAAGAAGCGAAUAUCAGUUCACCAGGCAGUGCAAACAAUAGCUUUUCAAUGUCUAAUUUGGUGACUACCCAAGAAAGGUUGAAGAAAUCCAAGGAAAAGUCAAGUAUAGUGGUGAAAUGCGUACUUCAACUUCUCAUGAUUGAAACUUUGCUGGAAUUGUUUGAAAACGAUGACUUCUAUGAAGCAGUUCCAUAUAAGCAUUUACUACAAAUGUCCACACUUUUAGAAGAUAGCUAUAAUUUUGCAAGAAAGUUUAAUGAUGACUAUGAUUUAAGAGUUAGAUUAUGGAAUGCUGGUUUAAUGGAGAGAUUGCCAAACUUAUUAAAACAGGAAUCAAGUUCUUCGGCAGUCUUUAUAAAUAUCAUGUUUAGAAUGUACUGUGACGAUGACAAAACUACUAAUGAAGCAAAGGAAGUUAUUGUUAACGUGAUUGUGCCGCUAUGUAACUCUAUUACGUCCAGGUAUACCGAAUUUGAUGAAACGAAUCAACAGAGAAAUAUCAACACCUGGAAGCCAGUUAUUGUUGAGAUUUUCCAAGGAUAUGUGGAGCUUGAUGACGAUGACUUUAUUAAGUUUGCUCCAGAGAUGUACACACUUAGUUUGAAAUUAUUGGGAAGAAAUCUGCCACUUGAUCUUAGAUUAGCAAUGAGGUCCUUUUUAUCAAGAGUUGGAGAUGAUUUCAUAUUGCACAGAAGGGAAAAGUGA